AUGGAAUCGAAACAUACUCCGGUCCCAAAUGGGAUGACGUCAUUCUGGCGGACAGAGCCUCACUUCCUAGACAGCCAUCGAUCGACCGAGUCUCUACCCCAUGAGUGCGAUAUUGUCGUCAUAGGAGCUGGUUAUGCAGGAGCAUCUGUUGUGCAUCAUAUUUUCGAUCAAAUCGCACCCAGGUCGAAGCCGCCCUCGAUUGUGAUCUUGGAGGCUCGGCAGGCUUGUUCUGGCGCAACCGGUCGAAAUGGAGGACACAUGAAACCUGAUUUAUAUAACGGGAUCGCUGGCUUGGCCGCUGAUCACGGCGUCGAGGCCGCCGCUGAGGUUGCAGCUUUCGAGGCUAAACAUGUCUCAAUUCUCAGGGAGUUCGUUAAAAGGGAAAACAUAGACUGUGAAUACACGGUCACAAAGGCUAUUGAUGUUCAGCUGUCUCGGGAAUGUAGUGCAAGUCUCAAGGAGGGAUAUGAAGGAUUGAUCAAGAAGGGAUGUGAGCCAACAGCCAAGGCGAGAUAUAUCCCCAUCAAUGAGGCGGAGAAAUUCUCCGGAGUCAAAGGUGCACAGGGCUGUUUCACAUAUGAUGCCGGUCACAUUUGGCCAUACAAAUUCGUGCUGCACCUGUUGGAAAAGGCAAUCUCCCAAGGUGUAAAUUUGCAAACGCACACACCGGUAUCUGGAAUGACACAGUCUACUUCCUCGACAUCGGGUCAUUCCUGGAUCGUGAACACUGCCCGAGGUUCCAUCGCCGCCAAGAAAGUGAUUUUAGCGACAAAUGCCUAUACUUCGUCUCUGGUCCCUCAGUACAAGGGGAAGAUUAUUCCUGUCCGAGGAACAUGCAGUCGAAUCGUCGUUCCUCCGGGUACUACCGCGCCUCGUCUGACUAAUACUUACACCCUGCGCUGGAACAAUUGGAAUUAUGACUACCUUAUCCCACGGGCUGAUGGAAGUAUAGUCGUCGGCGGUGCUCGUCCGGCUUUUAUUGAUGAUCUAGACAGCUGGUACAAUGUCAGUGAUGAUAGCUCGGUACUUGGGCCUGCUAUCCGAUACUGGGAUCAUUAUAUGCAGCGGAAUUUUGUCGGUUGGGAGGAUAGUCAUGCAUAUACGGACAGAGUCUGGACAGGGAUCAUGGGAUAUUCGACAGAUGGACUGCCGCAUGUUGGUCAUGUCCCCGGACAAAAGGAUCAGUAUAUCAUCGCUGGUUUCACGGGACAUGGAAUGCCCCAAAUUUUCCUCGCGGCAGAGGGUCUGGCAAAAAUGAUACUCGGUGAUGUCGAUUUUGUGCAAACUGGACUCCCACGUCUGUUUAAGUCUACUCAAUCCCGACUUGAGAGUCACCAGAACAAGAUAUUUGCUAGCACUCCUGGGAAAUCUCAAGCAAGAUUGUGA